CGUUUCUGACUCGCAGGCGUGACAGGACCGUAAACAGGUUGGCAUACAGUGUAGUAAUGUAAAUCAUAUGUGUGAAUAAUAUCAACAUAAUUGUAUUUGUCACUGCUUCUUGAACAAUUAAAAAUCUCAAACUAUCACGUAACAAAUGACUGUGACUCAGCAUAGCUUUCAUGGUUUCACUUUUGAUCUCUCUCUCCAGUGCAGAAAUGGCUUCCUGCAGCAGUCUCCUGACUGAAGAUCAGUUCCUCUGUUCUAUAUGUCUGGAUGUGUUCACUGAUCCUGUCUCUAUUCCAUGUGGACACAACUUCUGCAAGGCCUGUAUCACCAAGUACUGGGACAACAGUGACCUGUGUCAAUGUCCCAUGUGCAAGGAGAAGUUCUAUAGGAGACCUGAGCUUCGUGUCAACACUUUCAUCUCUGAGAUGGCUGCUCAGUUCAGGAAGUCAGUGAAAAAUAAACCCAACAGCCAAUACCUACGACCAGCCAGAUCUGGAGAAGUGUCAUGUGACAUCUGUACUGGUACCAAGCUCAAGGCCCUGAAGUCCUGUCUGGUGUGUCUGGCCUCUUACUGUGAGACUCACCUGGAGCCUCAUCAGAGAGUUGCAGCCUUGAAGAAACACAAGCUGAUCGACCCUGUGGAGAACCUGGAGGACAGGAUGUGUCAGAAGCAUGAGAGACCCUUGGAGCUGUACUGUAGGACUGACCAGACAUGGGUUUGUCUCAUGUGCAUGAGAACAGACCAUAAGACCCAUGACAUUGUAACUUUAGAGGACAAGUACAGACCAAAAAAGAAUGAUCUGGGGAAGAUGAUGGCUGAGAUGAACCAGAUGAUGGAAGAAAGAUCUAGGAAGGUUCAGGAGAUGAAACUCUCAGUAGAGACCAGCAAGAGAGAUGCAGAGAGAGAGAUAUCAGACAGUGUUCAAGUCUUCACGGCUCUGGUGCGCUCCAUUGAGAGAAGCCAGGCUGAGCUCAUUGAGGUGAUGGAGGAGAAGCAGAAAGCAGCAGAGAAACAGGCUAAAGGGUUGAUUCAAGAUCUGGAGCAGGAGAUCACUGAGCUGAAGAGGAGAAGCACUGAGCUGGAGCAGCUCUCACACACUGAGGACCACCUCCACCUGCUGCAGAGCUUCCCAUCCCUGAGCACCCCUGCACACACCAAGGACUGGUCUGAGAUCAGUGUCCACAGUGGUCUGAGUGUGGGGGCAGUGAGGAGAGCUGUGUCUCAGCUGCAGGAGACACUCAAUAAAGAGAUGGAGAAGCUGUCUGACACUGAACUGAAUAGGAUUCAGCAGUAUGCAGUGGAUUUGACUCUGGACCCUGAUACAGCACAUCCCAAAAUCAUCCUGUCUGAGGAUGGGAAACAAGUGAGAUAUGGAGACAUAAGGCAGGAUCUGCCUGACAACCCAGAGAGGUUUGAUCAUUGUUCCUGUGUCCUGGGAAAGCAGGGCUUCUCCACAGGGAGGUUCUACUAUGAGGUGCAGGUUGAGGGGAAGACUAAGUGGACAGUGGGAGUGGUCAGAGAGUCCAUCAACAGGAAGGGGAAGAUCACAGUGAGUCCUAACAAUGGAUGCUGGACUGUACGGCUGAGGAAUGGAGAUGAGUACUGGGCUCCGGCUGACUCCCCUGUCCCACUCUCCCUGAGACAGAAGCCCCAGAAGGUGGGGGUGUUUGUGGACUAUGAGGAGGGUCUGGUCUCCUUUUAUGAUGUGGAGGCCAGGUCUCAUAUCUACUCUUACACUGGCUGCACUUUCACUGAGAAACUAUAUCCAUACUUCAGUCCCUGUCUGAAUGAUGGAGGUAAAAAUGCUGCCCCUCUGAUCAUCACUCCUGUCACAAAUUGAAAAAUAAAGAUGUGUAAAUGCUGGAGUUCAAAAGAAAAUUUUAUUACAAAAUAUUAAUCUGAACAAAA